GUACGGAUGGGCCCCUGGACAACAUCCCCAUCCCAACCAGUAACAGUUGCAAACAGGCCUUAAUUUGCUUUCCACAGCUUGUAUAAUCCUCAUCAGUCUGCUCCCAAUUGGCAUGGAUCAUGGGACACCCACCGUGCCUGUCUUACAUAAUCAGGAACCGAAACUGGUUAUGAGAAGACCAAUGCGAACAAUAGCAGAUUAAACAACCGUUAAUAUUAUUUGAGUAAUCGAGUAUUUUUCAGCUUUGUCGAGGGUAUUUCAGCUUGUCGAGAUGGUUGCCAUUUGUCGAGGCUAUCACGGUAUGUCGAGAAGUAGAGCAAGCCAAAUGAACAAUGAAGUUCGCUGUCAAAACUUAUCCGAAGCCCCAAAGUGAAUAUAGUCAGAAUCGAGUAGCUACUUUUCAAUUACCGCUUUCACCACCAUUAUCCAAUCCCACGUCUCCAGUGAAAGAACAUGAUUAUUUCAUUAGUGAUGCCCAAGAAUCAGGGGUUUCUAGCUGGAUGCCUCCCAUUGAUUGGAAAGUAGUUGCAUUAUGUUUUAAUUGGUAUAUUUUUUCAAUUAUAUCAAACAAUUCAACUAAGUUGAUUUUAUCAAACUAUAAUUACCCAAUAACAUUAACAGAAUUACAAUUUUGCAUUAAUUCGAUUCUUUGUAUCUUGCUAGUAAUGGGGUUAAUUCAGUUUCCUAAAUUGGACAGAUAUUUCCCGCAAGGAUCAGUACCUAAAUUAAGUUCAAUUGAUAAUUCGAUACUUAAAUUUGUUCAACCAGAUACCCAAGUCAUUAAGACCACCUUACCAAUGGGAGGAUUUCAAUUCAUUGGCCAUAUAACUAGUCAUAAGGCCACCAGUUUAAUUCCAGUAUCCUUAGUGCAUACCAUUAAAGCAUUGUCACCAAUAACCACCGUUUUCAUUUAUAGAAUUUUUUUCGGGAAAACAUAUAAGAAAAUCACUUAUAUUACAUUAAUACCAUUAAUGGUUGGUAUUAUGAUAACCUGUUAUAAGCCUUCAAACUCAAUUCAAACCCUAUAUAUGAGUGGGUUUAUCUAUGCAUUCAUAUCAAUGUUAAUUUUUGUUAAUCAAAAUAUUUUUGCAAAGAAAAAGUUAACAUUAAAAUCAACUAGUGAUUUACCUAGUUAUAACACUACAAAUGAAGAGAAAAAAUUCGACAAGUUGACGAUAUUGUUUUUCUGUUCAAUGAUUGGAUUCGUAUUAACUUUACCAAUUUAUAUAAUUCUGGAAUUUAAUAAUGAAUCCAUAUCAAUCCUUAAUCUAAAUAAAACCAUGAUUGCCCUUAUAUUACUUAAUGGAGGGUCUCAUUUCGUACAAUCAUUAAUUGCAUUCCAAUUAUUAGGAUUGAUCAGUCCAAUCAAUUACUCAAUUGCUAAUAUCUUGAAAAGAAUAAUCAUUAUAUUAUUUUCAUUUUUAUGGGAAAAUAAUAAAAAUUUGAGUCCAACCCAAAUAUUUGGAUUAUCCCUAACCUUCAUUGGACUCUAUUGUUACGAUCGUUUUGGAUCUGCUAAGUAA